GAGAAAAAUAAGAGUGUUUUCUUUAAUUUGGAAUAUUAAUCUAUGUAGUGCAGUGCUUAAAUAUUUAAAAAAAAGUUAUGACAUGAAAACAGAAACCAACAUUUCUAUUAUACGCGCCAUUUAACUUUUUUAUAAUUCAUGAAAAGCGGUUAUUUCCUUGUAGUUUUCAAUGUUGUUAUCCAUGAGUUCGAGAACAUUCGAGACGAUCAACAUAAUCAGACGUUUGUUUUGAACUCAACCCAGCAAUGGCGAAUUUAAUAUUAACCUGCAAACCAUUUCAAUUAGUCCACUUUACAUCAUCAGGCAAAAGUGAGAUAACUCGAACAGUUGAUAUAACGUUACUAAAAUGGAUUAAGUACGAUGACAAAAAAAAACAGUUUUUAACAAAAUAUAUGCCGCCUCCUUACACUGAGGAAACAAAUAAAUUGUUAUACGAUUUAAUACAAAAUAAUUCAGAUAUAGUUGACAAUAAUUGGCCAAAUUAUGUUGUUAAAAUUGUUGGUCAUGCAGAUACAUAUGAACAAGCUGUCAUGAGAUUAAACGAACUCAAGAUUAAGGAAUUCGCCUAUACAGAAUCGGAAGUAGACCCAGGGAAAAAGGCAAAAUUAGCAACUAGUCAAAUUAAACUUCAGUUGAAGUCUUUGCCAGAUUUAAAGAAUAUUAUGAAUCUUUCUACUAUUGGAGAGCCCCAGCCUAGUACUUCUAAAGAAAAAUCAACAAAUUUAUCAAAUUUUAAAAAACAGAGAAACUCUACGACUUUUUCAGACAAAGCAGCAGUCAAUUCUCAAAAUAGUAUAAAAAGGAAGAAAAAAAAACAAAAUUCUGGUGUUCACCGCAAGAAGAUAGUAGACUCUGAUUCAUCAAGUAAUAGUGAUUCAGUUCCCAAUAAAAGAAGAAGGGAGAUGUUAAAGAAUAAUUCUAGUACUCGAAACAAGAUUAUAGUAGAUUCCGGUUCUUCAGAUAAUGGCGAUUCUGUUUUCAAUAAUAGAAAUAAGAAGGAGGCGAAAAAGAAUUUUAAUACUCAAGAGAAUCCAAUACGUGAAUUUUCUGACGAUGAGGAUGUUUCGCCAGAUCUAGACUUUGGUCUUACGGAUUUUAAUGCGUAUGAAGAAAGGAAAAGUUUAGGGAAUCCACGAAGAACAACUGAAAACGUAAAGGAAAAAAUAUGUGAUAAAAAAAACAAUAGUCGUGAAAGCAAAUAUGAAAAAAAUUUUUCAUCUGUAAUGCGAGAAAUAAAAUCAUUACGAAUUGACAUUAAGGAUGUACAUGAUAAUACAAAAUUAUUAAUUGGAAUGUUAGAAAAUCUUGCUAUUUUAAACUUGGCCGACAAAAAAAGUUUCGAGGCUGAAUAUAACUUAAUUUUGCCUCUGCAAACUUUUGACGACGUAGAAAUUCUUAAUCAAAAACUUGCAAAUGAGGAUUGUAAUAAACAUUUUAAGGCGACGUUACAAUUGUCAUUAAGUAAAGAUGUUGGAGUAAGAAAAGUUUUAAAUGCAAUAAUUAAAAAAUAUCUAUGUAGAGACAUUGUACUUAAAUUGACUGCGACGAAACCAAGUCCUGGAAAAACAAUUUUCAAAAAUAUGAAAAUGUGUUCGAGCUUAUUGGAGGUUGCCACAGAAAAAUUUCAAAUUAGUGAUGAUGAAGUACUAUCUCACCUUGGCAUUAUAUUUGGCAAUGCCAAGGAUUGGGAUGGUCAUCGUAAUCGAAGAAAAAAUGAUAAUUAGUUAAUAAUUUUCAAACUCUUCAAAUCGUUUAAAAAUUAUAAAUUUAUGGUUUUGUUUUAUUAAUCGACUUUUUUGUAAAAGUCAUCCAAAGACUGGGAUGGUCGUUUUAAGAAAAAAAACAAACAAACUGACCAUUAAUAUACAGUAUAAGUUAAUAAUAUUUUGUGCAAUUUAAAUAAAACUUAAAUAAACUUAA